GGAUAAAACCGAAGCAGGCUUGUUGGAGGUGGGGUCUCUAUUCUUAUCACAAUUGUAAGAAUGAGAAAUCUCCAAACAAACUACAACAUCACAUGGCUUCCUUUAAAUCCCUUCAGCUCCAACAAAAACCAGAAACCAAAUUUGAUAUCAACGGAGGUUGUUAUUUAUUACAGUAGUCUAGCAUGGCAACCUUGGUGAUGAUGCAGCACAAAGUACAGCCUUCUUUCUCUCUUCUCACUUCAUCUCUCUCUGACUUCAAUGGCACCAAGUUGACUUCAUCACUUCAGUAUAAGCGCAAAGUGUGCCAGCCUAAAGGAGCAUUGCAUGUCACAGCAUCAAGUGCCAAAAAGAUCCUUAUAAUGGGAGGCACUCGAUUUAUUGGCAUCUUUUUAUCCAGGCUUCUGGUCAAAGAGGGCCAUCAGGUGACUCUAUUCACUAGAGGGAAGGCACCCAUCACGCAGAACUUGCCUGGUGAAUCAGAGGCAGAUUACGAGGCUUUCAAAUCCAAGAUAUCUCACUUGAAAGGAGAUCGGAAGGAUUUUGAUUUUGUGAGAACUAGUCUUGCUGCAGAAGGCUUUGAUGUUGUUUAUGACAUUAAUGGACGUGAGGCAGAUGAAGUAGAGCCCAUAUUGGAUGCAUUACCAAAUUUAGAACAGUACAUAUAUUGCUCUUCAGCUGGUGUCUACCUUAAAUCUGAUCUUUUACCCCAUGUUGAGUGUGAUGCAGUUGACCCAAAGAGCAGGCACAAGGGAAAGCUCAACACAGAAGCCUUGCUACAAUCCAGAGAUGCUAACUGGACCUCCAUAAGGCCAGUUUAUAUUUAUGGGCCAUUGAAUUACAACCCUAUUGAAGAGUGGUUUUUUCAUCGAUUAAAAGCUGGUCGCCCAAUCCCCAUUCCUGGCUCAGGGAUGCAAAUAACACAACUUGGUCAUGUAGAGGACUUAGCAAAGGCUUUCGUUGAGGUACUUUGUAAUGAAAAAGCGAUGAAACAAAUAUUCAACAUAUCUGGGGCGAAGUAUGUUACAUUUGAUGGAUUAGCAAGAGCAUGUGCCAAGGCUGGUGGAUUCCCUGAGCCCGAACUUGUUCACUACAAUGCCAAAGAAUUCGAUUUUGGUAAAAAGAAAGCUUUUCCAUUCCGUGACCAGCAUUUCUUCACCUCAGUUGAAAAAGCGAAGAGUGUGCUUGGACUGAUCCCAGACUAUGGUCUGGUAGAAGGUUUGACACGGUCCUAUGAACUAGAUUUCGGCAGGGGAGGGUUCAGAAAAGAAGCUGAUUUCACCACAGAUGACAUGAUUCUUGGCAAAAAUCUAGUUCUUCAAACCUAGAGCCUUAAUUUCUUCGUUAUAUUUGAUCUGCCCUGUAUUUUCCUUUUCCUCAAUCUCAGAAAGUUCAACAUUGUCUGAGAUGUAAACCAUCCUAGGUAUUGUAGCCCGCAUAAUAGAUAAAGAGACCAAGAGUUCUUUCA